AUGCCUGUUUCGCACCUGACCCUAACUGUCUCCCAUCUUCCAACCUCAACCUCAUUCUUCCUAUCAUGCCUCCAGCCCCUCGGGUACCAGUUCAUCGGUCGUCAUGACGAUUAUAUUGGCUUCGGCCAGAAACCAGGAGAGCCGGCGGACUUUUGGAUCACUGAGCAAAAGCCUGGUACUCCUGCCGGUGCCACUCAUGUCGCCUUUCCUGCUCCUUCGAAAGAUGCUGUGGGCUCCUUUUUUAUCUGCGCCCUCAAGGCAGGGGGCAAGAUCCAUGGAGAGCCCAAGACUCGCGACUCCGACUCAGGCUACUACAGCGCUGCCGUGAUUGACGUCGAUGGCAACAGCAUUGAGGCCGUCUACCGGCCCCCUACCUCGGCGGCCAAGUCAGUUGUCAGCAGCGGUCCCGCCCUGAAUCUGAUCGAGAAUGGUUCGGUGGUCUCCAGGGCCACCUCCAAAGUCAGCUCAGUCAAAACCGAAAGCAUUGCGCCGCCCAGGUCCGUCGCCAAAUCGUCCUACUACUCCAAGGCACCGACGGUCGUUGAGCGGGCCGUUGAGCGAGCCGCGCCAACGGUUGUCUCCCGAGAGGUCAAGGCGCCCUCUGUAGCUCCUUCUGCUCCUUCCACCUCUACCACUACCUACAACAUCUAUCAUCAAACAUUGCAGCAGCAGCAGCCGCAACCGAAGUCAGACGAUGGAAGCACGGUGGCCAAAACCAUUGUGGGCACCCUUCUAGGGGCUGCAGCAGGCGCUGCCAUCGCGUAUGCAAUGGUGAAGGGAGACUCUCAGUCCGAGACAUCCUCUCAGACGGCCCCGCCGGAAUAUACACCCCAGGACUUGCCUCGACUGCUCGCCUCUACCGCUUCUCAGACCCUCUCGCAGGUCCAGAGCCAGGCCCAGGCCCCGCCCAUGUUCCAGGCGAUCGAAGCUGCCCCCGCCCGAAGCACCUACUCUCGCCAGCAGGAUGCGGCGUCGACAUAUUCUCGCAGUGUAAUGUCGAAGAACCCACGCGCUGACACUAUCUACGAGGGCACCGAGUUCUACCCCCCACCCAACCAGACACGGAGCGUCUAUUUGGAUGAGAACGGCCGGCGGUCCUCGGAGGGCAGCGUGUAUAGCAGCACGCGAGAACUCCCGCUGCGUGCCAUUGAGUACCCACCAUCGGUUACCCGGUCGCAGAGCUUCCCGUGCAACCCGAGCACGUUUAUCAGCAGCUACCACGAGCCAGCGCAAGAGAAUUUCGAGCGGGGCAGCACGUACACCGCGUCGACGAUCAAGGCAGCGUCCAAGGCAUACGACGACGGCCGUUCCUCCCACCACUCUUCCCACCACUCGGUUGCCAAAUCGCUAGCCAACAACAGCACUGCCUCCAGCACCCGGACGGCGCGCCAGAUCCCACUCCCCGAGGGGUCUGUCGCCUCCUCCUACCGCAGCACAGCGACGGCCAGCAACAAGUCGGGCGUCUCCGCGCGGCACAUCCCCCACCCUCCCCAGAGCAUGGCGGGGAGCGCCGCCAUCUUCCCGGACACACUGGACGUGGACUCGUACGUCUCGCCCGCCGACUCGGUCAGCCAGAUCGGCGACUCCCGCCGCUCCUCCGCCCCCUCCAUCCACUCCCACUCGCCGUCGCACGCUGCUCGCUCCCUCCACUCCUCCCACUCCAAGGCUGCCGACUCGCACGUCUCCAAGCGCUCCAGCCGCUUCGACGAGCCCGUCCGUCCUAGCGACUCCAUCAGCCAGGUUUCUAGCCAUGCCUCGCGUGUCUCGCAUGCCUCGCAUGCCUCGCAGCAGACUGUUAAAGCGAGUGGGAGUGUCGCGCCGUCCAAGGCGUCUAGAGCUAGUAGGAGUCAAGCAUAG